AUGAUUCAAAUAUGGCAAUCUGCCGUGUUUCUGGGCAUGUUUGGUGACCCGUAUCUACGUGGCACACCGUAUGAGGCUGGAGGGGAUCCGCAGGCGCUUGUAGAUACACUUAACGGCUUUGUACAGUUGCUACAGACUCCGCAAGAACAAGAGCAAGACGAUACAGAAGAAGAUCCUGUGAAAUUUCCACUUACAAUGGACCAGAAGCAUGUGCUACAGACGACACUAUUACCUCAGCUUAUUUACUGUGGUCAAUGGACAGAAAAGGGCGUCAAAAUCGAGAACGCGGCCCAAUUUCAGAUGUUUUUAACUGAAUGGAGAGUGGAACUUUCGCAGCUUCAACUACAGCAGCCAUUACUAAUACCUGGUGGUUACGUAAACAAUAUCUCGAGUCAUUUGAUUAUUUACGUGAUCGAGAAGACGAGUGACAACCCAGAUCAAUACUCAUUUACAGUAUGCAACAAAGGACCUGGAGCUGAGAUGUACCAUCCAUGUAAAGUCGAAGGCAGCGCUUACAAGAUCCGUGUACAGUCUUGUAUUCAGAUUAGUGACAUACCAGCCACUCGAUUCUUAGAUAUGGCCUUUUGGACGCUUUUAUUCUCACUGUGGGUGCGUAAACCCCCGUCCGAGUAUCAUCGAGUUGAGACCAUCUAUGACGUACUACUACCAUGGCUUGCAGAAGACAAACUACUGCCGCUAGUGAGUGAAAUGACAGAGCAGUGUGCGUUCAUAGACUGGACAAGCUCAGCACUAGGAGGUGUGCACACACCACAACGCAGCCAGUUGGGAUUCUGCAAGAGCGUUAUCGAAGCAAUACGCUAUUUAAGUCUCCGUAGUCGAGCCUUUACCAAUGCAGAGGUAGAGUACGCUAUAUUAUACAAGAUGCGCUAUCGUUUGUGUCAGCAAGUUGUAAAGGGAUUAAAGAUUGUAAAAAAACCCGCUAAGGCAAUUGCUAAAGGAGCGCUGGCAAGUGCGUUGCGUACGCUGUCCACUAUAUCGCUGCAAGAUUCCCUUCAAGGUACUCACACGGUGGCAGGAGUCGACCCAGAAGCGAUUGUUGGUAUUUAUUUCGCGCUGUCGACGUCUGCGGCCUGUCGUAAACUGACAAAAAUGCUGAUAGAAUUGAGUGAGAACUUGCACGCUGCAAACAAAAAGUUUGUUGUGAUUGUGGUGUCGUUUGAUCAAGAGCGGUCGGACUACACUGCAUUUGCUGAGAGCUUGCCGGGUCAUACGUGGCUCAUGGUACCUUUAUCAGAAAUGGAGGCUCGAAAGCAGCUUACUCAGACGUUUGGUGUCACUAAAGUGCCACAGUUCUUUUUGCGAGGGCCCGAUGGGACAAUAUUGACGCCUUUGGGAAAAGAGCUGGUUAUGUCAGAUCCGACAGGUGUAUUUUAUCCAUGGACAAGCGAGGAUUUCGAGCUGCCAAAGUCGACUCUGUCUGUGUCUGAAACGAAAUGCAUUGCCAUGGGUGUGAAGCAAAUUGGUUUGAAAACGCUGAAGCAUCAUGAUCGUAAGAAUAUUGAAGCUUGUGGCCUUAUCCACGUUAAUAGAUUGAUGAGUCAGACAGAGCAACUUUUAAAAUCUGUAGGGGUGGCUGCUAGCUCCGAUGGCAACAGUAAGUACGUGACGGCUACACUGGAAGAAAACUUUCCUUUUGCUCCUUUCGCUAAUACGGAGUUGCUGCAAGUGCAAGGAAACGAGAGUGAGUACGCAGGAAAUGCGUCUGAGCUUGAAGUUCCUGCCCUUAGCAACUUUUUGGAUGUACCCGAACGCGUCACGUCGAUUCCACUUGCCGUUGCAGCUUUUAUUAGGUGCAAAGCUUUGUGUGAGUCUCUACUGAAGCGAGCUGCAGAGGGAUCGUCAUCUUCCAGACUGUCCUUACAUCACGAAGUCAUCCAGCUUAUUACUAGUGUCCUAGUUGAGAUGCUACCGGUGCCAGAGCCUAUUGGUGCUGACGGGACUGUGGCAUUCGCCUGUAUGUGGAGGCAGCCUGUAGCGAAGGAAAUGCAGCUUCGGUGCCUAAAUCAUCUCCAUACGGUCUUAAUGAUUUUGGGAUCAGUGUGGCAGUCGAUGGAGCAGCCAAGCCGUCAGUUUGAUUCAGAGCGUGGACUUGCGGCAUUGUGUGCGUUGUGCAUUUUUGACGCUCUUGUUCGCACCCCGGCAGCCGACGACCCACUCGAGAUUUCACUUAUGAUGGAAGAAGAAGGUGGAUAUGUGCUGGCUCACACAUUUUGCAAGGCAAAUUUUUCAAUCCAAAAGAUGACGUCGGCCAUGGAGUUUGCGCGGCCAAAUUUUUGUGUGAUCAGAGGUCAAGUGCUCGCUUAUUUCCACAGCCAGGACGUAAAAGGCAAACGACAAAUUUUUGAUUACCACAUGCCGGAGGACAAGGUAGAAGUUAAAAAGUAUUCGACGACACUUCUGUUUUUCCGUCAACUGAUGGAGCGGUAUCGCUACCAGCUGAUUGAUCCCAACAAUGAGACACCGCCAACUGAAAUGGAGGCAUUAAUGGAGUGGUUUUGUAGUGAUACGACACCCAUGGCAGACGAUCAUCCAGAAGUAGCUUUGACUCGUGACGUCGUGAUGAUGGUGAAGUUUCUAUCUACCAUGGAGACGAAAGAAGUCGAAUUAAUGCGGCGCCGUACUGCUCAUCAAGACUGGCGGAUGUGGCAGCUAUCAUUUGAUGACUCAGCAGCAACCCGUCGACGAAACUUUUUCGGAAUGCGAGGACUAGAUCAAAUUCUUCAUGCCACUUUAAAGUGGGAGGUGGUUAACUUUCGCGGAAGUGACCAAGAUAUUGCAGAUGUUGAGGUGGAAGGGUUCAUGGAGAGGAAGGUCUACUUUGGCGAGGGCCCGAUUAUAACAAGCCCUGCGAGCUUGAGCGCACUUCUUGUUAAAAGUUCAAGCAAUGCGCCAGCUGGAAAUUUUCCUACAGUAGUUACUGAAGAUGACAUCAUGCAUCUUACUGACUUGCCGACGUUUAACGGAACGUUAUCAGCAGAGGAGGCGGAGUACCUCAUGAGCUACUUGACGGUUCCAUAUACACGGAUUCCUCUUGUGGUAUCAUUCUUCUCCUCGCGAGACCGUGUUACGUAUUUAUUUAAUCCGAUGUUACAGCAACUACUCCGCGCUGUUUUAUUUGAGGGUGGAGACUGGGUGUCUGAUAAAAAAGCUGAGGAGAUAACCCAUAUUCCAUUGCGGAAGUCAGAUCUUGUGAUGCAUGAAGAAACCAUUCAACGAAUAUUCGAUGCUAGUGUACAUCACCAAAAGUGUGAAGAUCAUCUUGGCACAAUGAAUGGGCUUCUUUUAAACGAACUAAUUCACGCUCCUGAAGCGAUUGUAGUCCCGUUGCUGAAUAUGCUAGAUGCUAUAAAGGAGCUCGGAGAGGCGUCAGUCCACUCAGCGGACGCUCGAUUUAUUCUAUUUAUGGUCAAGCUGGGUGUAGAUGUUUUGCGCUACAUGACAUUCGCUCUCGACCGAUGCAUUGCUGGUGACGACCAAGCGCGAGUUGAGAAGCUGGAGGAACAUCGAUCUCAGCUAAUGACUUACACGUUUGGAUUUGCUCACACAACUUUAAAUAGGUGGAGACAGGAAGCUGAAGAGGCCAACAAUCUUCAGACGGCGUGCGUAAUUCAUUCAUACCUCGUUAUUCUUUAUGUGAGCUUGCGAUGUUCCGAGUUUGAUAUUCAAAAAAUAUCCGAAAUGGUUGGCUCCGUUGCCUACGUUCAAAAUUGGCAUUGCUUUGGGAUGAGGCUGUCUACCGACAGUGGUGAUGAGAAGGCCGAACUUUCGGCGGAAGAGCGCCUGCUUCGUUGGCUUCAGGCUCAAGGUGUCGAUACGGCAAAUGUUAGCAGCAAGUCCCUUGAUAAGUACUUGAAAGGACGGCCUUUAUACUUGAAAAUAGGGAUGCAAACUAUUCAAGCACCAAGCAUUGUUGCGCUGCGCAACGAUGAUGGAAAAGAGCUACUGCUACCACCUGGCGACGUGCUUGAAGCAGAGAUCUUUGAAACUAUUCACUUGCAUCGCCGCUCGAUUGUGCAAUGGCUGGCGAAUCUCUCGAAGGCCAAUCGCAACAAGGUUCUCGGAAGUAUAGUUCGAAUUGCUCUUCGCUCGACUGAGCAGACGGACGCAUGGGAGUGGGUCGAAGAAUCAGGUGUUGAAGGUGCGGGGAAAUAUUGCUGCAGUCAACAAGAAUUAAAGCUGGAUGCCCAAACAGGAGAGAUUUUGUGGAGAAAUGAUGAAUUAAAACCUGUUCCGGACUCAAUGACCCAGUAUGCAGACUUCAUUGCCAUUUUUGGUAACAAAUCGCUUCAUUGUGGUCUUGUUGCGCGCCAAGAACACCGCUUAUGGGUUAGUAUUGUUGGUACAGACUUCCAGCUUGUAGAAUGGGACGACCCAACACUUGAGCUGGACCAAGGUGUAGGCGCUCCGGUGAUGUACGAGCCUGAAAAUGUAAGCAAUUCUAACGACCAAGGUGACAAUUCCCAGGAUCUAAAAAUGUACUGGGAGUGUCCGGCCUGCACAUCUGCAAACUUCAACGGUGACGAUCCUAACGCCCUGUGCGAGGUGUGUGCUACCCCUCGCAUUGCUCAGUUGUCACGACGAAAGGAAGAAGAAAAGUCUGAAAUCCCUAGUGAUUACGGAUUCCGCUAUCUUGGCGAGGUGUUUUCGCGUCCAUUUGAUAUUUAUGCUGAAAAGGAGCAUCCCCACGCUGAUGAAGAAUGGUUUGUGGACCUAAUUGGCAACGCACUUCGCCUAAUGUACCCUCCUGUACCGGACGACAAAAAAAUGCCUUUUACGCUGUUUCUUCCGCGUGACCCAUUGCCAGCUACUGCUAUCCGUGUGCACCUAAUCGGAUUGGACCGAGGCUCUGAUGCCAAAGAUAAGGAGAGCAUUGCGACAUUCAAAGAAAUUGUGGCGUAUCGAGCGAUGAAGGUGAUGCACGUGUACGCAUUAGUUUCGCAUGGCCGUAGACUCUAUCGAAAGCUUAUCUUCACGUCAAAUUCGCGUUUCAGUCUUCAUAAUUUUCCUGUGAAUAUCUCUCCCGAUCAAGGGCCUGUGGAUCCAGCACUGUUGCGUGCUAGCGGUUAUCCAACGGAGCGGCAAAUACUGGGCGGAUCGCUAAUGAUCUUACGCAAGAACUAUCUACUCAAUGGAACUGAGCAAUACGUCCCUCCGCGUCUUCUUCAGGGGGUUAUUCCGACUUGCUUGCUAGAAAACUUUCGCUUUUGGAUUGGCGAAGAUGGGCGUCUCCGGGGUGAUCCUGUGGAUUUGAAGUCACAGUGGUUUCGCUAUCGUGUUGAGGUCGAGCUGAGGGAAGCUGGGCAGGCUUUCAUCAGUCGAAAGUCUAUUCUGACGUCUUUUUCUCGAAUUUAUUGUGACAAAAACAAUAGUAGAUAUACAGCGGCAUGCAGUCAAAUGCAACCUCCGCCAGCUCCAAUCAAAGUGUCUGGAAUAUCAGCAGCUGAAGGCUUACGUCCACCAUCAUAUCCAACAUCGCCUGACUUGGUUAAAACUAGUGAUGACGAUGUGGUCCAACUCAUGGCUAUGGGGUUUUCAUAUGCUGGGUGUAGUCUUGCAUUGCGCGAGAAUCGUAAUAACUUGGGUUUUGCAGCUCAAUGGCUAUUAGAUGAAAACAAUCAGAUGAAGAUAUCUGCUGCAGAAGAAGCGCCUGUGUUGGGUGAAUUUGCUCUUAGCCCCGAGGAGCAGUAUGAACAAAACAUUGGGCUACUUAUGAGCUUGAAGGGGUCUCCUUCACGGGUUGCAGUUGAGUAUGCGUUGGGCCUCUUUGACAACGACCUCCAGCUUGCGAAAGCGUGGAUAUCGGAUCCUGCAAAUCGUGACGAACUCCAACGAGCAGAAGUUGCUACGAAUAGUGGCAUGUCGGAAGUUGGGAGUUCGAAUGUAGCGUUUCCUACACCCAUGAAAAUUGAUGAAGAGAAAAAAGAUGCCGAGGAAGAUGCCGAAUCUUUACAGGUUGUUGAAGAAACUGUCGGAGAACCCCUUUAUCUAUUAAGCUUGCUUGAGGCUAGUUCAGCGGGAGAAAAUGACGAGGUUCUGGCAUUAUCUAAGUUGCUCAGUCGGGUGGAGGAUCUUUCGCAUAUAUUGGUCUGGUGUGCGAACGAGGUGGCGCAAAGCGCGCCUUGUGGGGUAUCCUCUAUCGCUUUCAUUGAGCUUCCAAGAUUAAAGUUGAAGCUUCAGCCGCAAAAAGACCCCGUUUCUGAGCGUGUCCGCCUUAACGUAAUGGAUCAAAAUGGCUGGUUUGUGAGCGACUUGACUGUUGCCAUGUUGGAAGGGACAUCUAAAUACCUUCGUAGUCUUCUUGCGAUUACGCCUGGUUGCUUCGUCCUGGAGUCAGACACCUCUGAUCUGCAAUUGAUUUGCCCCAACCACGACUUGUAUCGCCCGGCAAUUCGCGGAGAACCAUUCUCUUUGGCCCUCGUCAGUGAUCGUGGAUCUGUGGGCUGGCAGCAUGCGAUGGAGACGAGAUUCUACACGUAUCCUGUGCAUUCUAGCAACACAUUUUUGCUCCCUUCUUCUCUCAGCUCCACUCUCUAUCUGAUACUAACAAGCUUACUCACACGGAACUACGCGACUUCAAUGGAGUUUAUCAUGGGGUGUAAUGUAGAUGUAAAGUUUACUGACGAGGAAAAGCGAGUUUUUGACCAGCUAUCCAAGACGCUCGAUGACCGCCACCCAAAUGCUUGUGCGUGCCGUAUCCGUCUAUCUCUAGGCAUCGCCUACAGCGAGAACAGGGCUCCCUGGAAGUUGAGUGGCGAGUUGUACGACUACCUCACCACGAGCGAGCACGUUGAAGGUCCUUGCAAACUAACUUUAGAAGAAGAAGGGGAAGCCCUUGCGCACUGUCACCAGCGAUCUCCUCUUUUGUUGCUGCGCAAGGAAGUCUGUGACCAUAUCCAACCAGAUUCCGGGACAAAGAUUGAUUUCAAGUUGACUAGAUCGCGUGUUGGUGGUCAGCCGUGGAUGAAACUUUGCUUAUACAGCACGAGUUAUCUUGCUGCGCAUGGCAAAAAGCUUUCCACUGUGCGAUACAAUCGACCGAAGCAUGAAGUCGAGAUCAACAACAAGUUUUUAAUUGAUGACGACGAGGCAGGAAAACUCGUGUGGAACUGUGCAGUGGUUGGUGAUGAGAUAAGUGGAACGAACCGAGGCCUGGGUUAUCUCUUCUUGUAUGAAUGUCUAAAUCAGCAGCUUAUCAUUCGUAUGGGUGGCGAUGAUUGCACCCGGUCGUUCGGUGAUUUGUUCGCACGUUUUAUUCAUCUAAAAUUGUCGAGAUGGGGUCGUGAAACCGUAAAUGACGGUGAAGACGAGUGUGUACCGUCGUACGCGCUAGCACAGCUGGCAAUGGUGAUUGCACAUCCCGGUGGUGGGUGGCCCUCAUCGCCAUGUGACCGAGAAAGUGUUAACAUGCUCUCUCGUGGUGCUAACAUGUAUUCUAAAAUGACGGUAGGAACAAUGCUGAAACAUUUCUUUGACUUCGGAGAGGUGGAAUUCCAAUCCAAACUUGAGUCCGAAGACCACCAGAUGCGUGUUAUCGUGCCAGUAAAGACUCAAUUUAGCCAGCUACAUCAUAAUGCCGAACGUGUGUUUGAUAUACCAAUUGCCGCCUCGAACAACAUAAAGAACUUCGACGUGUCGAAUACAUCAUGCGGUGAGCGGCAAAUUGUGGGAGCCAAAAACAGCUCAAUUAAUCCUGAGUUCCCGCUGGAAGCGAUAGAUGUAAAACAAUUCGUCACCUUCUGCGAUCCAGAGGCGGAAGUGAGAGCAACGUUGCCGUUUGACCUCUCUAAGCACCCGGUGGCUCAAACAGCGGCUGCAAAAGAGUUGCUAAAGAGACUCAGUGACGAUAUUGCAAUCAAUGCACAAGCAGUGAAUGGGAGCAAAGAUGCUUUUACUACGGGCGUGACUCCAAUGUGUUUGUCGACACCUGAUAAGUUGACGUCGAAAACGUUGACCAUCGAGCACCUUCAGAAGCUAAUUCAUACCUGUAAAGCGAUGAGAACGUGUGACCGCAAGAUGGUAGAAGAGGGCAUUGUGAUGCUUGAGAUGCUAAUGAACGAGAUCCGUGCCGACAUUCACGAAAAUCCAGAACUGGUUGUCGAUGUCAAUCGCUUUGUGAUGCAGCGAUGCGUUGGUCUUUAUCCUCGUGUAACCUUCGACUUCCUCACCUCUCUGUUGGCAUCAAGCUCGUUUGAAGCAGAUUUGAAGGCUCGUAAUCCAUUCGUGGUGAAUGUGACUGCGGAUGUAAUGGAGAAGAUAUUGCAAGUGCUCUUUUUGUGCAGUCGCAUUGUGCACGUUAACCGAGCUAUACAAGCCGCCCGUGCUCUCGUCAAACACCUCAAUGGUCUUUUUGCUCUGCACGGUGAAAAGGAUAGGUCUAGCAAAGUAAAGAUGACCCGCCAAGCUUCUCGAGAUUUGGCUGACAUUUUAAUAUCAAAACGACACUACCUCCGCGGCCCCGCAGAAGGAACAUCAUCAGGAUGGCGUUUUGACCCACGCUUUUUGGUGUUUGAAUAUGUCUUCGACAUCUUGCUGCGUGACAGGCAGGUUCAAAUGAUAGAUAGCUUUUUGACGAGUUUGGCAAGAGGCAAUUCUCGUGUACAACAAAUGAUUAUGGGCGCGGGAAAAACCACGGUAGUGGGACCUCUCUUGACCUAUAUUCUCGCCGACAAAACACAUCUUGUGACUCAUGUUAUGCCAACGGCACUGCUGGAGCAGUCCCGGCAGGUGCUGCGAGGUCGCUUUAGCAAUAAAGUCUUACGCAAGCGCAUCUUUACUUUCCAGUUCGACCGUGCAAUUAAUGAUGAUCCAGCUACUGCAUUGCAAUUAUUUACAAAGCUGGAUCGUGCCCGGCGCCAUGGUGACGUGGUGUGUGCUUCCCCGGAGUCGAUUAAAUCGAUGAUGCUGAAGUUCGUUGAGCUGCUACAUUCGCUAGAAGAAUCUUCUGACAUUAUUGAACUACCGCUUACUUCAGCAUCACAAAAUAUCAGGCGGCUAAGGCGUGUAUUGGAAGAUCGUUCGGAAAUGGCUGAUGAACUUUACAAGACGUUGAAGCUCUGGCAAAGUGGCAUGUUAAUCAUGGAUGAGGUGGAUGUGUUGCUACACCCAUUGCGGUCAGAGCUCAACUUUCCAAUUGGGAACAAAUUUCCAAUUGAUCUUGCAGCUUACAGGUGGGAGCUUCCCAUUUAUUUAAUUGAUGCUGUUCUAGUAUCGCCCAACACUAGCACAGCCCUAUCGGGCGAAAUUUUACAAUUGCAUGCUGUGUUAGAAGAGGGGUAUAUUGCUCACGAACUACAACGUUUUCCUCACCUUGUGCUUCUGGAUAUGGAGUUUUACGAGGCACGUAUGCUACCGUUGCUCUCUGCGAUCGCAAUGGAAUGGUUAUUGAAGCUCUUCCGCAUGGGCAAAAUGGAGGUAUCUGUCGACCAAAUUAAGUACUAUUUAGAGUGCUCCCGCACACAGCUCCAUACGAAUGCUUCUCUUCGCGCCGAUAUUGAAAAUGGGCUAUCAGAAUCUUCGAUUAAGCUGCUGAACCUUGCACGCGAUUGGUUGCGUACAAUUCUACCGCACGUGCUUUCCAAGAUCAAUCGAGUGUCAUAUGGUCUUCUCAGAGGAGAGCAUCAAAAAGCUGCCGCGUCAGGAAAUAAUAGUGGUGGCAACGCACAUUCACGGCUAAUGCUGGCCGUCCCGUUUAUCGGAAAAGAUGUACCGAGUCGCUCGUCCGAGUUCGCGCACCCCGACGUAUUGAUUGGGUUGACCAUUCUUGCUUAUCGCUAUGAAGGCAUCCGCGUAUUCGAUCUUGUGCGGAUCGUAUCGCAACUAAAGCAGGACUUUAGCCGCCAGCUAGGACCGCGUGACCAGCGUCCAUCGUGCGCUAUGUUCCGUGAGUGGAUCCGAACAAGUCUAGCUGCACUUUCGUCAGAAAAUCAAGAGGCAUCUGGAGGAGUUCUUCCAUUGCCACUGUUCCAGCUUCGUGAUAUAUCGCAAGUAGCGCGGCUGCACUUCUUGGUAGCCAAGCUUGCAGCUGUUGUGUAUUAUUACGUCCGACAGCACGUUUUCCCGUCGUGCAUGAACUUCCAGAAGCUCAAGAUUUCGGCUUGUGGUCAUGAACUUGGCAGCAAUUCCCUCUUCGCGAAACGUAUCGGUUUCUCGGGAACACCGUCAAACCUAUUACCGACGGAUCUCGGCGAGUGCUACUACGAGCCUCGCAGUGACGGUAGUAUAUUUGAGUCUCUUACUAACAAGCGCAUCGUUUCAAUCGAGCGUAAAGUGGAAUGGACGGCAAGGAGUUUGUUGUUGGAUAUUGCACAUGCACAGCCACCAGUACACGCGCUCAUUGACACGGGUGCCUUAAUCACAGGUUUCGACAACCAGGAAGUAGCCGCCUUUCUUCUAGGGGAGCUACCUACUGAAAUGGAAGGAGUCGUGUAUCUGGACGAGAACGAUCGACAAAUGAUUCUGCUGCGUGAUCAUAACGCGCCCAUGCCACUAGUCCAGUGCGGUUUAAGCCUAAACAAGAGAUUCACAUUCUAUGACCAAGUGCAUACGACGGGCAUGGACAUCAAGCAGUGCGUAAACGCGCGUGCUGUUGUCACACUGGGCAAGGAUAUGACCUUCCGUGACUACGCCCAGGGAGCUUAUCGUAUGCGCGGCAUUGCUACAGGACAAUCUAUAUGUAUCUUUCUCAUUCCUGAGGUUGAGAACCGCAUUCGUAAUGAAAUGAAACUUGCCCAAGUUGAGUUAACCACACAGGGCUCUGCGCAGCAACUGCUAGACGAGUUUCUGCUGCUAGUGCCAGCAUGGCUUCUCACAAAUUCGAUGCGCAUGGAAUCUAUGCAGCUCGUUCAGCUGUCACUGCAAGAGCUACACAACACGUGGCGCAAACGGGCUCUUCACUCUUUGUUAGAUGAAAUUACAGCAGCUAUGGCCAAGAACGCCUCAUUAGCCUCUCGGUUACGUCGGUUCAUUAGCCGUGAUAAUGACAUUGCAAAAGCUUGGCUUCGCAAGUGUAUUGCUAUAUUCUCCGUGGAAAUUUCUUACACUGUGGAUGCUGCCGUACCAACGACAAAGCUACUUUCGGAUGAAAUUGGAAAGUUAAUUGAGACCCACAAGGAUUUCUUACAAACAAAUGAGGAUAUGACGUGUGUUACCAGCGUUCAGCAGCGGCUAGCGCACGCAACCGGGAAUCAGCAGGGAAUGCUAAGUGAGGACGGGUCGGAGCAAGGUGACCUGCGGCUCACGGCUGAGGUUGUACAUGAGAACGAGGCUGAAGCUGAAGAAGAGGCUGAGGAGGAAGCAGAACAAGAGGAGCAGAAGAUGAGUGCUUUCACACGAGAUGACGAGCACCCAGUUCCAUGGUGUGCCUCUGUUCUUGCUUAUCAACCUGCCCGAGUUGGUGCAGCAUCUGCUGGAGACAACGAGAUGAAGACGGCUGUGGAACAAGAGCAAGAAGAAGAGGCUAACGUUUUCUACCCUUUUUCACAGUUUCAAGCUCACGCGGAGUGCCCAAAGAUUGAUUUUCCGGCAGAAUUACUUAUGUCUGGAAACUUCUUUCGACGUCGAUGGGUGGGGCUCGGCGAACGUCGCGUAAAGAACGUCGGGCUUAUCCUCGAAUGGUCGCCGCUACUUCACCAGGAAGCGAUGAAAGCGGUUGUGCAGCAGCUCUUUUUGGCAAUGACGGAAGAAGCGUCUGCUGGAAGUGCAAAUGAAAUUGCUGUGAAGGCUCUUCAGGAGGUUGCUGAAAUGGCUACUAGAAGUCCAGACUUGGUUUCUGAUGCGAUUAAAGAUGCUGUGACAGCCGCGACGACUAAUUUGCCUGUGUAUUUGGCUACAUUAUCGCUUGCUGAAGGUGAGACGAUUCGUCGUAUGAUUCAUAAGAAACACCCUGUGUUCCAGGUGAGCCAGGUGCAGUUGCGCACAAGUGAGGGUGAGCUAGUCGAGAGCUCUUCCUUCUUUUCGUCGUGGGCGCCAAAGUCUAAAUCGACUUUACUUAACGCGAUGUCGCCUCGUGUAAAGACAAUUGCCGUUGGGGUGCAAGGCCUGCGGUUCUUCAACAACGAGAUGUACUACUUUCCUCAGGAGCUGGAGCUGCUACUGGAGGGGCUAGCGACUGUCCCCAUUUCACUGCGUCAUGAAUUCUUCGAAUGUCUUCUCCGCCUACGACGCCGUGAACGUCACCUGUGGGGGGACACGCCACUGGCAACGGUUUUUACUGCUCAAAGCGAGUGGCACUUGUUAACCGCGCGAGCUCGUCUACAACAAUUCCAGCAGAGUCUAGUGCGCAAGCAGCGACAGUACCAGAAGAAGAAGGAAAAGGGCAAGGAUCCGAAGCAGACGAUGGCUGCUCUCCACAUGGCUGUGGCUCUCCGACGAUUCGAUGAGGACGAGGACAAUCGCCUGAGCGCAGAAGAAGUUCACAAGUGUUUCGAGAGUUUUCAACUGGGUUUUUCCUCAAAAGAGCUGAACGACAUCAUUGGACUGCUCGCAGAUACUCGCUCCACGGACGGUGAGAAGAGACACGAACAGGAAAUUCCAAUAGAGACGAUCUGUGCUGCCUUUGGCAUCUCUUGCGACGAAAUGAAGACUGCUCUUUUACGAGACGACCAGGAAAGUGCUCUCACAGCGACCGGAGAGACGUCGUGGAGUUGCUCCGCGUGCACGUACGUAAACGGCGGCGAGGCUGACGUAUGUGGAGCCUGCAACGCAAAGCACCAAGACAAGGAAUUGCUGCAACAGCAACAGGGAUGGCGAUGCAGUAACUGCACGUUUAUCAACCAGCCGGAUGACGUGACAUGUGCCGUCUGUGAGCUGAACAUGGACGGUCAGCGUGGUGUGCCUCGAAACAAGUGGGUUUGCGUUGGUGAACAGGGCGGUUGCACAUUCUUCAACUCGAUGUCGAACUUUUAUUGUGAAGUGUGCAACCGUGCACGUCCUGACCUUGUCUCACUUCGCUUUUAA